CAACACACAACACCAUUCACUUGGUGCUGCCGUCUUUCAUCAGCCGCCUGCUUUGACAGGAUCCCCGGCAUCAUUUGGCGGCCAUUUCGAUUGCCAAUCACAUUGGCAUCAUCGAGUCUUCUCUUCUUUUUCACCUUUUCCAUUGUCAGGCGCGUCCGGUCGGGUUUCCACUCCGAGGCUGGCCAGACCGACCGCGCAAAUCUCCAGAAUCUCGUUCUCAGCCUGAACGACCCCCGGCCAUCACAGCUACGACGCGACAAACGACGCGCCAAAGCCAGAGUGGGAUGCGCAUGGCUGCGAUCUAAUUCAGCUCAUCUGCGUCAUAAACCGACCGCAUCGACCUUCCGCGCUCCCGUCUUUUCGUCUUCUUUCGCUUCACGCAAGCUUAGCCCUGGACGAGCGACAUCAUGGAACAGCAAUCUAAGAAGCGAAGCAUCUUCGGAUUUACGGGGCUGUUUCGCAGCUCCGCAGCUCCUGCAGACAACCGUGAUGACAAGAUGGAUGCAUCCACUAAGCCUGUUGCGCCUGCAUCGGCGCAACGCGAAUCCAACACCGCGUCCGCGCCGCACAGCCCGAUGAAGCGCGCCUCCGAGACCCAGCUCGCAUCUCGGAGAAUUAUCGGUCGGCCUCAGGGUCCAUCAAGCAAACUAUCUCAAAGUAUCUCCGCGUCGGAUAUCGCGCACAGGCCGUCUAGCCUGGUUGUCGGACCCCCCAGGCGGAUGCCCGGCGACAACCCCAACAAGCGGCCGCCAGCCGUGUCCGCAUCAGGCACGUCGCAUGCACCCUCCAACGUGAUCCCGAAAUCAACGAGUUUCUCUGGUGUCUCUUCCACACCCCGAAACAUAUUCCGGUCGUCGGCGCUCUACUCGCGGCCGGGACAACAGACUUUCUCCUCCCGGGUUCCCGCCAACACGCUGACCCAGAGCUUCCCGCCGACGACCCCCGGAAAGCCCCCUCAUGGAUCGACCCCCGAUGUCAAUGGCCGCAUUCUUGCAAACACGUCGUCCACCGAGUUAUUCAAAAUGCGUAUCCCGUCGCCACCCCGGCACCUCACCGGCGAGGUGUUGGCCAAAGAAGUACCCGAUGACCCGAACCGAUCGGGUUCCAUCUACGCGGACGAGUUUCUCGCGCAUUACUGCCCGCCUGAUUUCGAUGAUUACCAGAGGCGUCAGUUCUUCUGCAUCCUUGACCUGCGACGGCUGAAAUACGCCGCAGAUGAGGUCUUUACUAAGAAGGACUGGAAGAUCAAUAUCCUCAACUUUGCCAAAGAGUACGAGAAGAGUCGCAGCUUGAUUAUGCUGCGAUAUGGUCUGUACGAGUUCAAAACAGUCAGGGCAUCCGAGGCAGUCAAGAAGGAGUGGAAGCAGAAGCACGGGAUUCCCGAGUCGGACGACGAGUCCGGAGCUGCACCCAAGACCAAUGGAACGUCCAAGAGGAAGGCCGAGGAGGAGCUGACACCCGAAAGCAAUACCCUGACGGCAUCCAUUUCGGGUGCCAACAAGCGUCCCCGUGCACCAGAAUCCCCGGCCAAGAACAAGCGUAAAGCUGACGUCGAGCCGGACGAGAACCAGCCGGCCAAGCUUCAGAAACCCGCACCUUCCUCCGCUACCAAGUCCGUGUUCGAGAGCAUCGCCAACAAGGACCAACCGGCUUCGGGCGCUGCCGCCAAGCCCGCCGGUAAGAGCCUGUUUGCUUCGAGCAUGGCGUCGAAACCCAACGGCUCCCUCGGCUCAUCUAUUUUCGGCACUACGCCCAAACCUACCAGCACUACUGGCAACAUCUUUGGUCAUCUCUCUGACGGGAGCAAGGGCAGCGGCAAUGACGGUGCCGAUGAAGAGAGCGACUCGAGCUCCGAGGCGGAGGAACAAGAAUCGGAGGCUCAGGAUGUCAGUCAGAGCGAUGAGGCCGCGGCAAGCGGCGGCACGUCGACGCCGCAGCUCCUCGAGACCAAGAAGCCGACCACGAACGGCAUCUCGAGUGCCUCCUCGGACGCCGGAGAGAGCAGUCAGGGCCGCAGCAUUUUCGACCGCAUCACAAGAGACCCCGCUGGCCAGCCGGUGAGGAAGCUGACUCCUGGCGACGGAAACCUGUUUGCCGCGCCUUCCGAUAAGGAACGUACUUCGUUCGGCGGCGGCUCGUCAUCGGGACCUGUGUUUACCUUCGGAGCGUCGUCUCAGCCCAGCAGUGCUCCUAUCUUUUCGCAGAAUCCCCCUGCAGCGCAAUCCAUCUUUGGCAACAGCCUAGCUCCCGGCGGGGGGACCUCAACAGGUACUAAUUCCCCUUUUACGUUCGGUGGAGCUUCAAGUCUGGCGACCACGCCGGCGGCCACCACUCCUGAGCCGUCUGCCAAUGCUGAAGAUGGUCAAGGAACAAACGCUGACGGGGAUGACGCACCACAGGAGCAAAUCUCGCUAACCGGCGGCGGCCCGGGAGAGGAGGACGAAUCCGUCGUCCAUGAAGUACGAGCCAAGGCGGUAAAACUCGUCACGGGUUCUGAUUCUGACGACGACUCGGGCUCCAACGCCGAUAAGGCGAAGAAGAAUAAGAGCCCCUGGAAGGUUCAGGGCGUCGGUCCGCUGCGGCUCCUCAAGAACAAGACGACGGGCGCGGUGCGGAUGCUGCUGCGCGCCGAACCGCGCGGCCAUGUUGCGCUUAACAAGGCGAUUCUGCCGGACUUCAACUACAAGGCGGAAGCCAAGUACGUCAAGGUGACGACCGCCACGGACGACGGCAAGGGCCUAGAGACGUGGAUGCUCCAGGUUAAGACGCCCGCUUCGGCGCAGGCCCUUGCCGAGGCUCUGGAGGAGCACAAGAAGGCAAACAAGAAGUGAAAUGGGGGGUGUAUAGUUGCAUUGAGGAUUGAGAAGGGGAUCUCGGUCCGGGCUAUUUGAUGGUUUAGGCAGGGCAAGCUGGGGUAUAUACAAGGUAAGGUAUCAUUAAUCGGCUUCUGCAUUAGAUGGUUUGUGCAGGGUGUUAUUCUGGGAAGCAUAGCAUUGCUUUUUUACUGUUUGGAUUAUUGGGACGAGGGCCCGUUUGCUGCUUCUGCUGCUUUUUGCUGGCCUGCUCGGAAGAAAGGAGAAGUCCAGACCCCUGAAUGUUCCCGGAAUCUUGAUGAGAGUUUCUGGGGAGGAUGGCUGUAUCUGUGGUAUACAGAGGUUAUUCCUGGGCCGGGUUGAGGGGUGCGGAAGAGAUUGUCAUAUGCGCGCAAAUGGAAGGAUGCCUACGUGGCUUUUGAUG